AUGGCAGGUAAGAAGAACAAGCUCCGUGUUUACUACCUGUCCUGGCUGAGGAACAAGAUCCUGCACAACGACCCCGAGGUGGAGAAGAAACAGGGUUGGACCACUGUGGGAGACCUGGAGGGCUGCGUCCACUACAAAGUCGUGAAAUAUGAGCGGAUCAAGUUCCUGGUUCUGGCUCUGAAGAACUCGGUGGAGGUCUACGCCUGGGCACCUAAACCCUACCACAAGUUCAUGGCCUUCAAGUCUUUCGGAGACUUGGUGCACAAACCUCUGCUGGUUGACUUGACCGUGGAGGAGGGGCAGAGGCUAAAGGUCAUUUACGGUUCCUCUUCUGGAUUCCACGCUGUGGAUGUGGACUCUGGGGCUGUCUAUGACAUCUACCUACCCACACACAUCCAAACCCAUAUCCAGUCUCACGCCAUCAUCAUCCUGCCCAACACCGACGGCAUCGAGCUGCUGGUGUGCUACGAGGACGAGGGCGUGUACGUGAACACCUACGGGCGCAUCACCAAGGACGUGGUGCUGCAGUGGGGGGAGAUGCCCACCUCAGUGG